AUGGCAACUGCCGCAGUCGCCCGCCCCGGAAAUGCCUUGCGCGCGCGACGAGAUGCACCGCGACCACUUCCCAUGAAGCGACCAUCGGCAGCCGGCGACGACAUGGCGCCCGGCGCAAAGAAGCGCAAGAUGGAGGAGCCAUAUGUUAUCACCAAAGAACACAUCCUUCGCAAGUUCGCUGGCAAGCCGCCGUCUCUGGUGCUGUAUCUGGAGCAGCACUACUUCAAAUUCGACAACCAGGAGAGCACAUAUACAUAUGACUCGCCCAUGAAGGCCUUCCUCGAGCAUUUGCGAAAACAGACCAUACCGCACUCUCUGAUCGAGAACCUCCUCAGCGAGAACAUCACAUUUUACGAUGGCUGCCUCAUUGUCGAGGUCCACAAUAACCGCUUGUCCGACAAGAAGGACAAGGCGAGGAAUGACUCCGCGACCGAGGGCCAGGUCAAGUUCUCCAUGCACAACUACAACAACUAUGUCACACCCUCUCCCUUCACGCCCUACCCCAAGAAGGCCAGCGAGAGCGAGCGUGCGGAGAAGGCCGCCGCCGAGGAGGCUUCAGCGAAGGAGAGGAAGAAGGCUGGCAAAGACAAGGACAACAAGGCGCCCACGGUCGCAACCAUCGUCAUGUUUCCGACCCAAUUGUCACAGCACAAGGAACAAGUGUUGCUCAUGAAUACUCUUGCCUCGGAGAUGAAGUCUAGGCAGACGCCGUCUUCUGCAAACCCUACCACACCACAAUUAGCUGUCCCGCCCGCCCAACUUGGUGCUGGAACCGAGAAGAAGAUGUGCAUAGAUGCCCAAGACAUGUACGAGUUUGAGAGGGACGUUCUCCUCGCGACCCAGCCACCUCUGUAUCUGGCGCCUGUAAAGACCCCACAGGAAGCGGACAGAGUGCUGAACAUGCUAGCCCAUCCUCUGCACAGCGAUGCUCCACCUUCGCCGAAGACUCGGAAACGCACCUCAGCAGAAAUGGCUGCCGACGACGCUCAAGCUGCAGACGCUGAACGAAGAAUGCUCAUCAUGGAUGAAAGGAACAAGCCGUCGGUGCCUGGUGCUAGCGAUGCGGCUGGGAACGCACAUAACAUCGGCGUCUCCCGCUUCAAGAGCAUACUCUUCGCGCGAGAAAAGGCCGAGGAACAAGAGCGAGCGAAGAAAGAAGCCGACGCGGCGGCUGCCACUAAGAAGAGGCAGGAGGACGAAGCUCGGGCACAAGCACAAGCACAACGCGAGCACCAGGCAGAGCAGUCUAAGAAACUUAUGAUGCAACGACAGGAACUGGCUCGCCGGCAGCAGCAGGAACACCAGAUGCAGCAACGUAUGGCGCAACAACAGCAGCAGCUGCACGCUCAUCCUCAGCAGGGCAACGUGAUGAUGAGUCAGCAACAGCAACAGAACUUCCAGCAUCCGUCUUCGAUGCCUCAAUCGAGUCCCGUAGUCCGGAAUCAGACACCAAUGAUGAGCAACUCGUCACCGAUGGUACCACAAAACGGCUUCCCGAUGACAGCGACCUCGAGCCAAGGGGCUGGCAGCCCAGUCAGGCCAACGACUGCAGUCAUGCCCAAUCCUAACGUUGCGAUGGCGAGGCAAGCUAGUCAGCAGCAAGCAGGAAGUCGGAACGGCACACCGCAAAUGGCACAGAGUACGCCUCAUAUGGGGGGUGCGAUGCAGAACAGACAGCCAAGUCAAACACCACGCAUGCCACACGGCAGUCCUGCUCCUGGUACUCCUGCAGUUGCAGGCAUGGAUAACAUGGCAAUGCAGGCUAGUGGCUUGACGGGAGCUCAGAUGGCGAUGCUGCGACAACAGCAAGCAAAUCAGCAGCAACAGGCCAUGAUGAACGCUGGCUCGCCUGGGCAGCAGAAUCCAGCAACCAUGACUCCGGAGCAGAUCCAGCGACUCCAUCAGCAAAAUCAAAUGAGACAGCAAAUGAUGCAGAACCCGGCGUUGCAAUCUCAAAUGAUGCAACAACGGCAGGCUAUGAUGAUGCGACAGCAGCAACAAUUACAAUUGCUUAAUCAGCAGCGCAUGAUGGCACAAACCCAAGCCCAUGCCGGCAGUCCGCAUCCUGGAAUGCAGCAAACCCCUCAGAUGGGCCAUGCACAUCCUCAACAGGGUGGAGGCGGCAUGAACCAGCAGCAAGCUCAAAUGAUGGCACAACGACAAGCACUUCAGCAGGCGAAUAAGACUCUCACCGAGGUCGCUUCACAGUACGGCGGCUACAAUAACAUUCCUCCCCAGGUCAUUGCAGGGUUACCUCCAAACUGCCAGGUCCUGCUCCAGAGACAGAAGCAGCAAAGUCAGCAAACCAUGCGUGCGCAGCAGAUGGCGAUGCGAGCACAGCAGGCAGCACAAUCUGGCCAAGCUGUGGCAUCGGGACAGGCGGAUCCAGACUACAUGCAGACGCUCAGGCAGCACCAGGCGAUGCUGGCGGCUCAGCAGCAGGCACAGCAGAACGGGCAGGGUGGACAGCAGGGUGGGCAGAUGGGAGGAGGCAUGAGCAUGGCGCAACAUAGUAUGAACUUCCCGAACCAACACGGCCAGCAGGGUGGUGGUGAUUUGAGUUCGCAGUUUGCUGCGAUGCAGAAUGCCUUGAAUCGCAGCAAUGGCGGUAUGGGUUGA